CUAAUGGAAUCUAAACCUUCAGGCACAUUGGUUGGUAAUAUUGCAGCGGAAACAAACAUAGCAAGAGGUAUUUCAAUCUCUGGAUUUAAAAGUCUUCGGUACAGUUUUCUAAAUCCCAAUGACGUUGAUAUUGCUUCAUUGUUUAGUGUUGAUUCGACAACGAGUGAUAUCACCUCCAAUAAACUUAUCGAUCGUGAAAAAGUUUGCGAGUUCACUGCCGAUUGCGUCUUGACAUUUGAUGUUAAAAUAAACUCUUUAUUAACUUCAUUUUUUGAAAUAGUGACGAUAAAAAUUAUAGUCGAUGACGUCAACGACAAUGCUCCCAUAUUUCCAGAAUCAGAAAUUACAGUAUUUAUUCCCGAAAAUGUCAACCCGGGUACCAUGUACCGUAUUGAUGGUGCUACUGAUAAGGAUAGGGGCAAGAACAAUUCCGUCCAAUCAUACGAAAUGAUUUCAAGUGCCAACACAUUCGGUUUAAAAGUGGACAAAAAAUUAGACGGAACCUCUGACGUUCGAAUCAUUGUCAAAAAUGUCAUAGAUCGAGAAAAGAAAAACUACUAUCGGUUCUUUAUUAUAGCUAAAGAUGGGGGAAACCCACCUUUAUCCGGAAACGUUACAGUCAACGUAAAUGUAUCAGAUGAAAAUGACAAUGCUCCGGAAUUUUCAGAACAGCAUUAUGACGUCUCAGUUACGGAAAACACCCCUGUGUAUUCUGUGAUUGCCAAAAUUCACGCAACUGAUCGCGAUAGUGGAAUGAAUGCUAAAGUAGUAUAUCGUUUUAGUCCACAUAAAAGUCCCGAAAUUGAGAAACUUUUUGCUUUAAAUCCAGAGAACGGUGACAUAAGUGUACGAAAUGAACUCCAAUACCAAUCCGGAAAUCAGUUUGAAACAAUUAUCGAAGCUUCUGAUCAAGGUGUUCCAGAGCAGGUAUCGCAAGCGAAAUUGACUCUCCGGAUAUUAGACGUUGGAAACAAUCCACCUCUUGUGACAAUUAAUCCAGUUUCAUCUGGUGUUGGAGAUAUGGUUCUCUUAUCAGAAGGUGCUCGAGUAGGAACUGUGGUUGCACAUGUUAAUAUUGUGGAUAAAGAUGUUGGACCUAAUGGACAAGUGCAGUGUAACUGUCCACACGAUUUCUUCUCGGUUCAUCGUUUAGAGGGACGUGGAUAUAUUGUUCAAGUGAAACGUAUUCUGGAUCGUGAACGUAACGAUGAACAUAAAGUCAUGGUUAUUUGUCGAGAUUCGGGAACACCUCGUCUUUCAGCCAGAGCAAAAUUCACUGUGCGACUAACCGAUAUGAAUGAUGAACCCCCUGUGUUCACAAAGAGAGUAUUUGAGACAAGUGUUGAAGAAAACAAUGUAAUCGGGCGACCCAUUAUCCGAAUAUCUGCAAAUGAUGCCGACAUAGGAAAGAAUGCCAUAGUUCAGUAUCACCUCAAUCUCGCUGAUGACUCAAUGUUUAGGAUUAAUCAAAAUACAGGAGAGAUCGUUGCCAAUGCUCGGUUUGAUCGUGAAACCAUGUCCGAAAUGAAAUUUACUGUACGUGCUGUAGACGAAGGUAAUCCUCCUCUAACCGGAACAGCUGAAGUGUUGGUCCGCAUUAUUGAUGAAAAUGACAAUAGGCCGACAUUUGACGCAUCAUCUUUAGUAUUUUCCAUCAACGAGGACAAGAAACCAGGAAGUGAAGUAGGGAUACUUAGAGCUAAAGAUGCUGAUUUCAAUUUUAAUUCGGAUGUCGAAUAUGCAAUGCUUGUUAAUGGUGCUGAAAAUGUUCCUUUUGCUGUGUUCUCGAACGGUGUUAUACGAACAAAUAAAGCUUUGGAUUACGAGGAACAAAAACGAUACUCGUUUAAUAUCAUAGCAAAAGAUAAAGGAAGACCACCAUUAAACACUACGGCAAGAGUUUUGGUUUAUGUGAUGGAUGCGAAUGACCAUAGUCCUAUUAUUGUGUUUCCUAACUCUCAUAACGACACGAUUACGGUUACGUCUGACACGGAACCAGGUACAGUGAUCACGAAAGUUGUAGCUAAAGACAGAGAUGAGGGUGAUAAUGCUAGAUUAUCGUACUACAUUAACAAGGGAAAUGUUGACAAUACAUUCCACAUUGGAUCCAAAUCGGGAGAAAUCGUAUUAGCUCGCAGACUUAUGCUUGACGAACGUGAAGACUAUCAUUUAACUGUAUCGGUACAGGAUCAAGGGAAGACCCAACAGGCAUCUCAAACGUACCUUACUGUGAGAAUCAUUUACGUGAACGUAACGUAUAUUGACAGCACGCACGAAGACUUGCGGUAUAUCAUCAUAGCCGGUGUCGUAACAGGUGUAACGGUUAUACUUUCUAUUAUAAUCGUUGCCGUUAUAUUGUACGUCCGCAGAUCCGACAAUCAGCGACGUCAU